AUGGGGGAGCUUCCUACUGAACCUUCAGGCCUUUUUAUGAAAGAAGACUUCAUUUCACCAGAAGCCGAACGUGAACUGUUGAAAAUUUUCGCACAUCUCGAGUGGCCAACAUUGCCCGGUCGCCGGUCUCUUCAUUAUGGCUACACCUUCAGUUACAAGACGUUUGGGAUUGACCAUGAUGUCCCCUUUAACACUUUUCCUGAUUGGCUAGUUCCGCUGCUGCCGCAAAAAGAGAACAGGCAGCCCGACCAGGUUUGCUUGCAGCAUUAUCCCCCCGGAGCCGGCAUCCCUCCUCACGUCGACACACAUAGCGCAUACGAUCAGCUCUAUUCGCUGUCGUUAGGUUCCCCGGUAUGCAUGCAGUUUCGCGACGGCGACUCGGGCAAAAAGGUGGAAGUGGACUUGCCACCGAGGAGCCUGCUACAGCUGAGUGGUGAUUCAAGAUUACACUGGACGCAUGGUAUAAGAGCCCGCAAGACAGACACAUUGCCUGACGGAACGGUGCGGCCGAGGCAAGACCGCUGGAGCAUCACGUAUCGGUGGUUGCGGGAAGGGGCUACUUGUGAAUGCGGAAAUGAGAAGCUGUGUGAUACUGCGCAAAGCAGACAGGGCAUCGCAAGAGCAUACAGAUGGCAGAAGACGAGUACUGAUGGCACUGAGAAUAAGACGUCAUAG